AUGACUUCAUCCUUAGAAUUACCUACUUGGUACCAUCGCGUUUCUCAGGCAGUUAACAAGAGAAAUGGCAUUAUACUCUGGGACUUUGAUGAAGAUAUCUCAGACCUUGAUGAGACCAGCCCAGACGAAACUAUAAUGUACAAUGGACCUCAUGCAGCAGAAUACCAUCACUUGAGAGAGAAGCGGGAGGAACGCAAAAGAGAGCUUUUCCAGCGCAAAGAGACUAUCCAAAAGCGUAAAGAAGAUGCAAGAGAGGAAGAGGAAAAUAAGGUUGAAGAAGCGCGGGCUGCAUACGAAUCCUUGGAGAUUUCCGUGUCCAGAAAUCAAUCAACUCAAUUAGGUCCUAUCGACAGCCAGUUCGAUCUUUACUGUAUGGACUACUUUGACUGUUUCUAUGAUCACAGUCCGCACGGCUACCAGAGGAGAUAUAUCAGGUUCGAAUACGAAAAUAGAGACGAGGCGCACAGCGGUAAUCUCACCGGCCGGUUCUGGCUUAAUCCCAAGGUCGACUUUGAACUUGUCCCAUUCAAAGCCCCGGAAUGUUCAAGCCUUGAACAUAAUGAGAUCUACACCACCGAUGGCAGAUUCUCUGUGAUUCUGCAAUUCAUUGACAAAGAUCACCUGAUCCUCAGAGCGAGCCGAGAUCUUGUCUUCUGGGGUAAUCCACAGGAUUCGCGAGGCCCUGAAAUGUUUAUAUUCAUGGGUGUUCGCAAUGAUUGGGGGAAGCAACUUCAGUCAUUUGCAAGAAUGUUGCACCCUGCUCAACUUCUAUCGCGUCGCAAAGGCCAAAAACACAAUUUACAAUCAUUGGAAAAUAUGUCGACUCCAAUUUCUUCUUCCAGCGCUCUUACACCUCCCACGAAAUUUCUCUCGGUGCAAGAUGGAACCCUCUGUGAAUUUUGUCGCGAUGACGAGCUGAUCCAGCCAAUCAGCACCAGAGCUCUUUCAGAACUCACCGAAUCCUCGCGUUCCUGCGGACUUUGUGCAAUGUGGCUUGGGGCCUUAGAGCAUUCUCGUCAAAACCUGAGAAUUCGAAGCCAAGAUGCCGUACUGAGGCAGCAUCCACUAGAGCAAGACGUCGAUGAUGUGACGCUUGUGUUUCUGAGUUCUCCAAAACGGCCACAAAUUGUUUGGCCGGACAUCGGACAUGUUUGGGCGGCUCUCGAUACGAUCGAUAUCAAUGACGCGAAAGAUAUCAACAUAAAGCCGUUGCCCAGAUCAGAUCAGGCUGAGACCACUUGGAAAUCGGUCAGAAAAUGGCUUGAUAGAUGUGAGAAAUAUCAUACAGAUUGCAAGCUUAUGAAAACAUCCACCUGGAAGCCAACUCGACUGCUAUACGUCUGUAAUACAACGGCUGCGCUUCAAGUCCGCCUUGUCGAGGGUCAGGAUAUAUCCGACGAUGUUGAGUACCUGACCCUGAGCCAUUGCCCAGGUGCAGUAAACACUCUUCAGCUUACUCGCAGCAACAUUGAAGCCUUCAAAUCGUCAAUUCCUGUUGAUAAACUCUCCCGCGUCUUCACAGAUGCAUGUAUCACCACCAAAAGGCUGAGUCAUGAAUAUCUCUGGAUUGGCGCACUCUGUGUAGUCCAAGACGACCCUGUAGAUUGGCAAAAUGAGGUCGGUGGUAUGGCUUCCAUCUAUGGGAACUCGUGGCUCAACCUCUCGGCUGACGGAGAUGCGGCUGGCCACGGGCUAUUCUGCCCUUCCGACAAACGAGCCGCCCGCCCAUGGUACCCAGUAUACCUACAUCGUGAAUGGGGCGAUGGGUUCCCCAGUAACUAUUGCAUAUCCGAGUAUCACAACUGGUGGGAACGCAUCUCAGACUCAGAGUUGAAUCGAGGAGCUUGGGCUCUCCAGGAGCGUGUUUUAGCGCCAAGGGUACUGCAUCUGGGGCUUGAACAAGUUGCUUUCCAGUGUUGCUCGGACGCAGUGUGCGAACGACUGCCUUGCGGUGACCCGACGAUGAGGCAUGACACUGCCGUAUUGACUUCACUGAAACGGUUUGUUCUCAACGCACGAAACGGAAAUCUGUCUUAUCUGACUCCUGAGGAUGUUUUUCGGAACUGGAAUCAAGUAGUUCGAGCCUACUCCCAGGGACAGCCCACAGUUGCGACUGAUAAGCUUGUUGCGCUGUCGGGCCUUAUUGAUGUGCUCUACCCCGUCUUUCAACAUAUGGUGGAGUCUGUAGAUCAAGUCGAAGAUGGCCGUGAGAAAUAUGAUACACAAGAUCGGGUAGAUUCAUCCUGCCCUAGAUCGCCAGGGCUCUUCCUCGCUGGUCUAUGGCGACCAUAUGUUGAGAGGCAGUUGGUAUGGCGAGCAAUGUCACGCAAAUAUUUAUUCGAAUAUGAUGGAAACACUCCUUCGGCACCUGGGAAACGCUCCGACGAUUACAUUGCUCCAACAUGGUCCUGGUGUUCGAUCAAGGAUGCCAUAAUCGAACCACAGGAAGUGAGGUCUGUGGAUAUUUACUUCACCAAAGUCAUUGAUACAAGUAUUCUCCCUCUGAAUGAAGCAAUACCUUCUCGUGGUUUGAGAUACUGCACCUCCACUGGAUCAUCUCUCCGUCUGCGGUGUUCUUACCUACCUAUCGUCGAAUCGGGGCCCGUGAGCGGCAUGAAACUUGUGGACUUUGGAGCCGCGCCUAGUGAGGGAGGUCGUGGUGAUGAAUUGAUCGAGAUUCAAAGUAAAAACUACUGGGAUGUGAAGUUUGAUCAAGAGGCUUUAAACUGCAAUUCGGCCAUUGCGGUUCCCGUCUUUGCAAACAUGGCGUACUUCAACAACCCCGUACAUUGCCUGGUUCUGGACGAAAGACAGGGUGAGAAUGGGAACCAGUGGUACAUACGAGUUGGAGCUUUCGUCAUCACUCAUCCUGAGGAUGUGCAGAGAUUUUGGAAGGCUAUAGAUGACUUUGAUGAACGUAUGCCGGAAGGGUGUGAGAGACAUGAUGGGCUGUACAGAUUUAAGGAAUUAGAGAGGGGUAAGCCUACGUAUGUGAAAAUGGUUGAGGUCUUACAGCGAGUUGUUGAGAUCAGGUAG